ACAUUUUCAAAGGUCAGUUACAGGAAAAGACUGCAGUUUUGGAAUUUAACAUAUUUGGUUGUACUUUCCAGGUUUUGAAGAAGAAUUAUGGCUUGUUCUUGCACUUUGAGCAGCAUAUUACCUCCCCCUGGCCAUAAUUAUGGUAUAUUUACUGCUCCAGUAACGGGUGAACUGAAUGCAUAUUAUCUUUUUGUACACAAUCUUGUGAACCGGGUCCCCCCCCCUUGCCAGUAUAUUUCCUCGCUUUCCUGCUAGUACGAUCCAGUUUCAUCCUCUUCACUGAUUUGAUGUAGGCCUAAAGCUUUCAUUCCACAAUAAGAUGUCACAGCACUACUCGCCAUCCAAAAAUGGUACACAAAAAAUGGAAAGCUGUGAAUAUACUAGGUCGCCAAGCUGAUGUGUAGUAAAAAUUUCAACAUCUCAACAGGCUGGGAUACUUCAGUUGGGUUGCUGCUCUGUAUGCAUGAAUACAGGGUGUACUAAUUUAAUAAUGAAAGCAAAGGCCAUAAGAACUUGAGGACCCUGCUGGUCAGAGGAGAGGCAUGUUUCAUCCAGCAUUCUGUUUCCAAAUGCAUUUGGGAGGGUCACAAGUAGGACGCGAGGUCAAUAGCCCUCUCCCACAGUUGAGGAUCCUCAGUGAGUGAUACUCCACAGCAGCCAAUCAUAAACCUUUCCGUCAGCUGCCCACAUUUCAUAUUGGGCGUACAUUAAAACAUGCUAGGGGUCCCCCUUUUCAAAUGGCAUAGUUCAGUUCUGAUCUGAGAACAAGGGUUCUGCAGUAGGUAGAAUUGGAUUGGAUGAAUGAGCGCAAAUCCUUGCUUCGUCAUGCGUCCUGUUGGUGACCUCGGACCAAUCACAGCUUCAGCCUUCUUGUACCUGAAGGGUUGAUUGUGAAGACAAAAUGGUAAUACCGGUAAAAUAACGAGCUCACAAUGGAAGCACGCUACAUGGUGCAUUGUAUUUCUCCAUCCAGCAAGCUUUGCCAAGAUCCAAGCAAUGAAAGCAGUCUGGCACCUGGGGGCCUAGUAGAAGCAUUGGAGGGCUAGAUUUCAAGUCUGCCAGUGCCAUUAAUUCCCUCUUGAGGCUUGGGACCUUCCACUGGCCCAAUUUCCCCAACUGUGAAAAAGGAAUGAUGAUCAUUAGCUCCUUCCCCAGGGGUAAUAUGAUUUAAUUAGUUUUGUCUCUAGAGCGCUUUGAAUGUAUAAAAUGUUCCUGCUAAUAAAUUGCGUGCUGGUACAAAAAUAGCACUUGCUGAGCCAGUUUGAUCUCAUUCCAUAUCUGCUGGUUUAUAUAGGAAUUAACUAUAGUACUGCAGGGCGUUUAUAAGCCAUAUAGAAUUGGGGGGGCGGUGUAUAUAUGCAAUGUGGAAAUUAUUUUGAAGCUUGGCAAUAGAAAUGUAUUUUCAGGGCUUGGCUUAACGUGAAAUUGGUUCCUGUGUUGUUUAAUGAGGUCUUCUGAUGAAGCAGGACAGCAUGAUAUGGUAGCAAGAAGGUGCUGCUCUGAACAUAGCCAUGCUGUGCUUUAAUACACCAUAGGGGCUUGUUUUCUGCAGGAAAAUGUGAGUACAACACAGCUAGCCUCUGCAGAGCCACAGAGGAAUUUGCUUCUUGGAAACACUCGUUGGAAGCCUCUAGUUGAGAGUAGAAGAUCCCAUUUCCCCUAAAGAAGGGCAAGUCCGCGUUUGUAUGUUGGCUGUUGCUGCAGUCUGAUUCAGAUGUAAUUCUAAACAUCCUUCAGGCCUGUAUUUUGUGUAUUUAGUGCUUUUAUCUUGCAUUUUUAUGUUGUGAAUUGCCCUGUGAUAUUUGGAUGAAGGGCGGUAUGCAAAUUCUCAUAAUAAUAAGGCAGCUUCUUAUGUUCCUACACUUUACAUACAGUGUAUUUCAUAUCCAGGAUAUUGGGUUCCUUUACUUGUAUUUAGUACAUUUGUAUCUGAGAAUCCAGCUAAAAAGGCUCCCAGAGUGGCUUAUAUACAAUUAAAACAAGGCAGUCCCAGUUUGCAAUCUUUAAAAAAAGAGAGACACAAGGAAAAGGGGGCAAAGAAGGAAGAGGAAAAAGAGACUUGAAGCUUUAGAUAACUUCCAAUUAAAACAGAUAAUGCUGGACUAGACAGACCAAUAGGGUAUAGGGCACAUUCCUAAUUUCUAAGGCAUCUUCUGAAGACUCGCUCUAUGGGCUCCAGGAGGAGAGGCUUACGUGUGCUGUGUUAAAAGGGAAAGCAGAUGAAAAUCGGCUUGUUACCUAGUCUAAUAAAUAAAGCUUCUCUCUAAAAGGAACUGUAAAUGUUCGAUGCUCGUUGCUCAAAUCCCCCAACGAGUGAUUCUUUUGUUAAAUUGCCUGGAUUAAAUUAAAACUCCCGUAUCAGCAGAGAGAGAGGUAUGCCGUUCUUGCCAGCUAAGCACGAACCAUCCCCAGUGUGCAUUGUUUGGCAGGCCUUACAAACCCAACCUGGUCUCCCUGCUGCUGAUAUAUAGUAGAGCUUCCCGUGGCUCUGAAAAUCCCAUUUGGGAGUCUGCCUCUGCGUUAGCAGUUGCCAGUGAAACAUGUCUCAGUAUUCAGGAAAAAUCACUUUCUAUGAAGGCAAAUGCUUCACAGGCCGGAAGCUGGAGGUUAGCGGGCCCUGCGACAACUUCCAGGAGCGGGGCUUCAUGAACAGAGUCAAUUCAAUCUGUGUGCAGAGCGGAGCCUGGAUCUGCUUCAGCCUCGCAGACUUCCGAGGCCAGCAGUACAUCCUGGAACAUGGCGAAUACCCUGGCUUCCACCGCUGGAACGGGCACAAUGACCGAAUGGGAUCCUGCAAGCCAGUUGGGAUGCAUGGCGAGAAUUACCGGAUCGAAGUAUUCGAGGGCAGACACUUUAGUGGUCGCAGCCAGGAGUUCACCGAAGAUUGCUCUUGCCUGCAUAGGCAAGGCUGGGCCAAAAACUGGAUCAACGCCAUCAAAGUCUAUGGGGAUGGAGCAUGGGUGCUGUAUGAGGAACCUAACUAUCGUGGCCAGAUGUAUGUGGUCGAGAGAGGUGACUACAGCAGCUGCAGUGAGUGGCAAGCUGCCUGUGCAAACAUCCAGUCAAUCAGAAGGGUUGUCAACUAUUUUUAGCUAACUGCCUGGUGAAAACGGAGAGUCUGGACCCUUCCCUACUGGUCUCUUGAAAUGUGAAAUAAUAAAGACUUGAAAUCCGA